CAAAAGAAUGCAGCAGCCCUAUGUGUACGCUUACCCACAAGGUGCUGGCGCUUCGUCUCCUUCGCCUCCACAACCACAAUCGGGAGUGAUAGUGGAUCCGAAGUACUGUUCUCCGCACCCAGUAGAUCUGGCGAUCGUGCGGAAGUUGAUGAAGGUAACGGACGGUAACUUCGCGAUAACGAAUGUGGACGGAAACCUGUUGUUCAAUGUGAAACAGCCGCUUUUUUCUCUUCACGAAAAUAGGAUCUUACUGGAUGGUUCUGAAACUCAGGUCUUGACUUUGCAAAGGAAGAUGAUGAGCAGGCAUGACAGGUGGCAAGUGUUUAGAGGAGGCAGUACAGAUCAGGGUGAUCUGCUAUACAGGGUGAAAAGAUCGCCGAUGCGUGAGCGAGAGGGCAGACUUGAUGUGUUUUUGCCUCACAACAAAGACGAGAAGAUAUGUGAUUUCAAAGUCAAAGCGAAUAGGCACGAGCGUUGUUGUGUCGUCUACGCCGGCGAAUCUGACGACGCCAUUGUUGCCAAAGUAAACAAACUAUCUCUUUCCUUCCUUCCAUCCCAAGUAAAAACCAAAUAG